GUUAACCAUCCCACAAUUCCUCCUUUGACCUCCGCUUAACAAAUAUUUCCGGGGCGUCUGCUAGUUGGUGUACACAGUGUGCAUGGUGAUAUGAAUGAUCGAUCAGGAAUAUCAACAAGUUGGAGAAUCCUCAAUGGCGCCUGAUAUGAAUACGGGAUAUUUAUGAAAUCUACAGAUGUGAGAACACUCAAGAUGUGAGGGUGUCUGUAGGUGGAGACUGGCAACCAUGUUCGAGGACUUUUUGGGUGAGAGUCCGGAUCCUAGCACAGUUCCGGACACAGGAAAGGAACUGAAGAUCCGGAAACCCAUCUGUCCAUAUAUUUGUGCAACGCCAGUUGAUUUUGAGGACGAACUCAACUUCUUAGCUGAGAAGAUCUACCCUCGUAUCGUUGAGUUCUCCUUACAAAGAGGUGCCUAUUUUAGCCCUGUUGACAUUCGCUGGAAGCCUGAUGACAGCAUCAUCCAGAACGGGCAACUCCUGCGCCUCCUGCUCGACUACAUCCACAAAUGCAUGCCUUUCCUCAUCUGCCUGUUAGGGGAGUGUUACGGCCCUUACCGCCCAGACAGUUCGGCCACACUCCCAAAAUGUUUCACCAGCAUCCCAGAAUCAUCUCCACCCCUGGACAGGAACUACAUGGUGGCAGCGUCUGCAGGGUAUGAGUGGGUUCUGGAGGAGUCUCACCAGAACUGUAGCCUGACGGAACUGGAGAUCAUCCAGGCAGCCUUCCUUGGGGACAGUGAACACUGCAACUUUUACUUCAGGCAGGCGGAACAUUUGGAAUACAAGUUUGCUGACUUAGGGGAGAAUGAGAAGGAAGCCGCCUGUGCUAUGUAUCGGGAGGAGAGCGAGCAUGCUGGACUGAAGAUCGGAGACAUGAAGCAGAGAAUUGUGAAGAAGGGUCUGCCAGUGCAGUACUUCAAGACACCGGAGGAGCUGGGCAGCCUGGUGUUCAAAGACUGGACUGCUGUGGUGGACAUGCUGUAUCCUCCUCUUGAGAACUUUGAGUAUUUCAUAGAUACAGAGGAGUACACUGAAUGGAUGUCUCAGGAGUCGUUUGCUGAAAAUCUUCGGCAGAAAUUCAUUGCCUCAUCGACAAGUGACACUAUCAUGGAUCAUUUGACUGACUUUGCCCUGUCGGCCCUUGAGGAGGUCAGUAUGGACAUGGAAGUCGAGACCUUCUCCAAGUACAGAGCCUAUUCUGCCAGCAGGGCUCUCAGGAAGAGGAAAGAGGAGCCUUGUAAGAGGAAGUCAUUGAUGAUCUUGUCAGGGGAGAGAGGGUCAGGCAAGUCUGCACUGGUGGCAAAAUGGCUGAAGGUUUUUCACGAAGACAACCCUGAGGUGAAGGUCAUCCACCAUUUUGUUGGCUGCAGCGCACACAGCACUGACAUCACCAUCUUCCUCACACACUGCAUCAAGCAACUACGUGCACAUUUUCUCUCUCAAGACACAUGGGAUGACUCCAGUGACGGACCCUCUCAGUCCACAGACAGUGAAGACCAACCAACCAACUUCCCGGAGACAUGUGAAGCAUUCCUGGCCUCUGCCUCCCUGGGUCCGUGUGUCCUGGUCCUUGAUGGGAUAGAUGAGCUGGGAAGCUCCCUCAACCUCACCCCACAGGAGGUGAAGGAGUUCCUCUGGUUACCCUCCACACUACCACAGAAGUGUCGCAUCAUUGUCACAACCACCAGAUCAGAUCUGACCUUUCGCAAUCUGUCCAAGAGGUCAGAUGUCCAGCUGAUCUCCAUCCCGUCCAUCACAUCAGACUCCCACAAGAUGCACUUCCUCCAGGACAGCAUGAAGCAGCACUACUCCCACAUCUCCAAGUCCUGCCUGCAGCACAUCCUAGACAUCAAGAUGACCUGUCGCCCCCUCUUCCUCAGUGUACUCUCCGCUGAGAUGCAGUGUUUUCAUGUGUACAUGCAGUUGGAAGAGUUCAUUGAGGACAACCUGGAGGUGUGUUCUGUGCGGGAGUUCUGGACCAAGUGUCUGCGGAGGUGGACGAGUCACUACAGCUGGCAGCUGGACUCACAUUCCACGGAAGAGGAUGACAAGAAAGAGUUUGAAUAUGUUGGCUGGGUGUGUGAUGCGCUCUGUCUCCUGGCUCUGUCAAGGAACGGCUUGUCACGGAUCGAGGUCAUGCAGCUGCUGCGGAACAUGGGCUACGUUGGAAGUCUCGAGGUGUCUCAUUACGACUGGCUGCAGUUCAGGUCAUGUCUCGGGUCAUCGGUUUACGACAAGGCGGAUGGACUCAUUGACUUCUCACACCAACAUCUCAAGGAGAUUGUGGAAUAUGUGGUGCUACGUAUUGUGAAAUCAUCAUCAAGUGACGUGAGCCGGAAGUCGGAGCUCGAGACAGAAUGGGUGGAGAAGAAGAGGAAACUGCACAAUCAUCUCGCUGAGUAUUUCAACGAUCAGCCUCACUCCCAGAGGAAACUCCAGGAGUUACCAUGGCAACUGAUGAUGGCAGGAGAUCAUGAAGCGCUCCUGGGAUUUGUCACACACAUUGACUACCUACUGGACUUGCUGGAUGAGAAGGGCAAGUUCCCAGGCAACAGACAUGACCUGAAGAUGUACUGGGUGUACCUGUCGCGGCUGGGCCUGGAGGUGGACAACACAUACUGCCAGCUGCUGGUCCGGAUCGGGCUGCUGGAGUCCAGCCUCAAGGGCCUGCAGCCCGUGAUGAUGACAGAGGUACCCGAUGACUCGGACUCGGAGGAUGCGAGGAGUGUGGAGAUCUCCGAUCCCAGGAAGUCCACCAUCCUCCACACCCCGGUCCUCCGAUAUCCAGAGCAGCUGUCUGUUAUAGAGGAGGGGUACAGCGAGUCAGACGAGAGAUUCAGCCAGCAGUCAGAAGUAUUAAAAGAAGAAGAAAAAAUAUGCAUAUCAGACAAAGGACUGGUUACCUCCCUUGCAUGGCACAUCAGUCAGUUCUUGCUGGAGCUUGGUCACGCUGACACCACAGAGCAGAUCCUCACAGGCCUCCUCGAGUACCUCUGCAGGAACUACCCAUUGAGCUGCAAUGAGCUGAAGGUGAUGGCGGAGUGUCAGGAGAUGCUCGGAAACAUCCACCAUUCCCGGGGUGACAUGAGGCGCUGUGAGGGCUGCUACAGACGAGCGCUCAGGAUCAUUGUCGACCUCCUGGAGAAGAAUGAUGAGGACAUUGACAUCACUCGACUACAGGUGCUAAAAGGUCGUCUACUGGGCCACCAUGGCAGUAUCAGACUGAGUGAGGGAGAGCUGGUUGAGGCAGAGGACCUGCUGAAGGAAUCGCUUGAGAGUAUCGAGAACUGUCCAGGUCAUGUCACCCUCAGGGCAACCAUCCUCUACCAUCUAGGCAUUCUAAGGCACAAACAACAGGACUGUCUUCGUGCCGAGUCGUGUCUACGACAGUGUCUUAUCCUACGAGAACAGUGGUUUGGAAAACGUCAUCCCUUGGUUGCUGAUGUUCUGGUAGCACUUGCCAGACUUCUGUCUUCCACUACUAAUAACAAAGGGUGUGACAAGGCGCAGGCAGAGCACCUGUACAGUCGGGCUAUAGAAGUGCGGGAACAGUGCCUCACUCCCAACCAUCUCCUCACGGCAGAGAUACUCUAUGAACUGGGUUGUUUGAUUGGGGAGCAGCCAAGUUAUUCAGCGAAAAUGGAAUCCAUAAAGCUACUGAGACGGGCUCUGGAUAUCCGCACAACAAGAUUAGGGGGAGACCACCCAGACACGAAGGCAGCCCAGCAGUACCUCACAAACCAGGAGGUGAUGCUGAGACUGGGUCACUUUGAGUUUGGGCCUGCCAAACCUACCGACACCCGGACACCGUCCAAUCCCUAUAGUAGUCUUUCCUUCAGAGAUAAAGAUCUUUCAGCUGUCCAGAAAAGAUUCCGGCCUUCCACCACCAUUAACAGGCUGAGAAAUGGGGAUCGUAACUGUGUGAGAUCUGUCAGCAGAGAUGACCUACUGAAGCACAAUCGUCCCCUCAGCAUCAUGGGCAGCUCUGCUAGUGUCAUGAGUGCAUCAGAGAGAAUUCUGACUGAAUCAGACCGUCCAAAGCUGUUGAGAAGGGCCUCAAUGGAGAGACGCUUUCAGCAGGCUCUGGAUAUGGGUAAAACUGUGUCUCUGUCCGAGACCAACACCUCCAGUUUAACAUCAGACUCUUCUAUCAGGAGGUUGACUGUGGACCUCAGUUUUGCAGGGGGAGGGGGUGAUGAGGAGGAGGCUGAUCCUAGAAACCCUCCAAUCAUGGUCUCAGAUCCACAGAUAGACAGCUAUGCAAGUGAUAUGGCUCCCCAGCCGCAGAAAUCACCAAAGAAGGUUCCAGUGAAAGCUAAAGUGGACUCCCGUCCUGUCAGUGCUCCUCUGAAGCUGUUUGCUCGGUAUGGCAGUGCUGGAAGUGUAAAGCCUGGCAUGCCCAAUAGGACUCACAGUGCCAACUUCAGUCGAGGAGAUGGAUUAGGGGUCUACACGACAGGCGCCUCGUCCUCCUGUCUCACCAACAGCAGCCUCCAGAGUCACCGAUCUCGCUGCAGCAUCCCAGGUCCGCACGCCAUCAACGUCUCCAACUGCCGCUCCAUCACAGGCCCACACAGCUCCAUCCACAGCCUACUGGAAAAGCCUGGCAUACCCCGGGAUAUGAAGCGAGCUGUUCAUCACAAAUCGGCCUGGUAUCACGUCAAAGGCAGGUAUUCUACAAACGAAGAACCAGUUCCAUCAAAGCGGUCCCAGAGUCGACCAAAUUCUGUUACCAGUUCAUCAACCAGAGAAAAUAUACAUAUCAAUGGUGUGAAGGAAAAGAAGUCAAUAUCUCGUAAGCAUGCCGUGGGGAGGAUCAUCAUGUCGCAGCGAUCUGAGCCCAUGCUUGCACAUACACACCCAUCACGAGAUUCUCAACAAAGGGAGGGAAUCCGUGGGGGUGUAGCCUUGAAUUAUGCUGUUGUCUCAUUUAAACCAGAAACUGUGAUUGUUACCUGAUAUCUGUGCUUCACUAUCCAUUUAGAUUUUGUGUACAUAGAUGUAAAGUAUGAGUUCAGAAAUGAUGUAUGAUAUUAGUCAAUACAGGGUAGUAACUUAUGUUAGCAUUCUUACCUGUAGCUUUGUACAGGUAUGUAAAAGUAAUUUGUAAAUAUUGACAAGUUUCCAUUGCUUCAUAGAAGAACAAACUGUUUUUGCAGUUUUGAUUUGUUAUUUAUUACAAACAAAAUACUGAUCAAGCCACUACAAAUUGGUUACUUGCUUGUUUCUUUUGAAAAGUGAGAAACUGGUGGUGAUUUCUUGGAUUAAAUAUGUAAAGUAUUUUGACCUAUCAGGAUGAAAUGAUUAACCUAGUUCCAGAAAUAAGAGUGAGUGUGUGAGUUUGGUUUUACGUCGCUUUUAGCAAUAUUCCAGCAAUAUCGCAGCGAUCCAGAAAUAAGAACAAGUUGCACAUGACAACAACUUAUGUGAACAUGUGGCAAACUAAUACUACAAAUACCCAUAGUAUUUAAUGGAUUGCCUUUGGCAAUCUGUGUGCUUUAUGUUUUUCUAUGUUAAAAUAUAUUAAUUUGUAAAUUAUGGACAAUUAUAGAAUAUGAUUCUAUUUUAAAAUAUAUAUUUAUUUAUUCCCAUAUUAAGAUCUGUUUCACAUACAAAACAGGCCAAAUGUAGAUAUUAGUUUUCAGGUAUUUGUAUUUGUAGCUUGGGCUUCAAAGCAUGUCUCUUUAUUGCAGGAGGAACUGUGUCUCAUUUAUAAACUAUGCUUUUAAUUUCAAAUUUAAUAUAUGCUCAUCUGUGUUGUAUCAUUUUUGUUAUAUUUGUAGAUGAACAGUUAUCUACCUUGUGCUUCCAUGAUGAAUGAUCUGAUAGUAUUGUGUUGUCAUUUAUGUCAAAGGAUAAAAAGAUAGUAAAGGUUGUUAAUGGUCAUCCAUCUUGGAUAUACAUACCGUAUUCGCCAUAAUAAGACAAUAAGCUUAAAAAAUUGAUGUGGGGGUUGCCUAUUAAAACCAAACACAACAAAUUAAAUUUGUGUUUAGAGAGAUUGAGUGGUAGUAAGAACUUAGUUCAAAUGUUGAUGUUAGGCAAUUAUAUACCCCUUCUACUCUACUGUUUACUGUUUUCUGUAAUAUUCACAAGACAAUACAGAAAGUCAUGACAUAUUUUGGACUUAGUAGACGGCGCAUAUGAAGAUUACUCACAGAUUGGUCUGGAAUUUUGUCAAGGGGUGAUUCUGGAGAAGGUUGCUUAAUACUGCGAAUAUGGUAUGUUAAGGUGACGAUAUGCAAGUUUGACCACUGGUAUAUUACCAGGUUUGUGGGCUGCUAUGUCAUCUGAUAACAGGCCGCUACACAUCUUCCCGAGGCAAGUGAGUUAACUGACUAUAAAAGUCCAGUUUCCACCCUAAAGUCAGUUAACUCUCUUGCCUCAGGAAGAUGGCCUCUACAUGGCUAUUGCACACACUGCUUAGUAAUACUGUAAAUGGGUUAAAUUAUAUUGCACCAGAGGGCUAAAAAAUGAAGGUGGGUAAACUCAAAGUUGUUUUAACACAAAAACAUAUUAUGUGUCAUGUUUGUAAUAUAUCAAAUUUGUGUAUUUAUGAAACUAAUAAUGAAUGUUCCUUUAACUUAUCUGUGAUUUAUAUAAGAUACUGUGAUAUUUGUACCAAAAUAACUUCCAAGAAGGCCAGUUAGAUGAUUGACUUUACAAAUAGGAAAUAAUAGUUUCUACCAAGUGGUAGGAUCUAAGUGUUUUUCACUGCAUUUCAUUCAAAUGUAUGCCACAAUGACUCAACUGAUUUGAUAAAUAGGGAAUAUUUUUAUUUUUCAUAAAUGAUAUUUCCCUAAUAAUAACAUGAAUAACAAGACUGUCAAUGCAUCAUGACAGGAAGCCUGGCUUAGAACAUAGUGCUUGAUAAUGACCUUCAUCUGUGCCCUUAGGAUAACAGUAGGAGAACUCUUAGACUGACAUGUAGUCCCAGAAAUAAAGUUAUCUUAUUUAGAAAUAUAUAUCUACAUUAUAAAAAGAAUAAAAUCCAAAUGGAGCCCAGUACAAUCCUUAAUUUCAGCUGAGGCAAUCUAGACUUGCCAAAUCAUUCUAGACUCGAGUCGGACUCCUUUUAAAAAAAUUCUCUAGGGUCUGGGAGACAGACAAGGGAUCUCUCACUCAAUUGUGUUCUGCUACAAACUAUGAUUAUUGAGGCGAGUACUUUUAAUGAGCAAAUUCUGUAUGCUUUGACUGUGAUAUACAUCUUUUCAAAUGUUACUGAUAAAUAAAGUGUUGUAUUGUUUUCAUUGUUGCUAUAUUUUCAUGUUCGUGUCAUUUGUGUCAAGAUUGUACUUAAUUAAAUUAAAUUAAAAUAUAUUCAAUCAACAAAUUUUACAUUGUUUAAUAACUAUAACUAAUCUUGAACACCAUUUUAAAUAAAGAAGAUUUCUGAACAUAAUUCUCAUCUGUUAAAUAUGUGAAACCUGUGUUUUUAUAUUUAUUAAACAUUUUUGAUUUCACAAGUUAUAUGUCUAGUCUUUGAAUACAUUUUGACUAUAAACUUCUCAUUGAUAUUUAACAUUGAUAAUUAAUGAUUUCGACAAGUGGAUUUUGUUUAUCUAACAAGUAACAAAACCAAUACGUACUUUGGACCUGGCACAGGAGAUAAAAGUAUGUUAUGUUUAUUUAAACAGAGUAUGUCUCUGCUGUCUCUGCCCCCCCCCCCCCCCCCCAUUAAAUUUACUACUUUAAGUUCAUCUUUGUUAUCCAGCAUAUUAUCUGAUUAUGUCUCCAUCCUAUUCUAAUAAAUCAAUUGGACUCAUUUAAUGGUACCAUAGUUUCGUUUAAAUAAGUAACUUUAAAUAAUUUAUAUUAUGGCUUCUGCUUUAAUUUGCUCUUGCUCAUUUGCGUAUUUUGAUUGGAUGGUUAUUAUAUAAUGUUAUUGUACUAUGUUAUUCGUUGACCCAGAGAGUAUAGUUUAUUAAAAAAUGCUGUUUUUAUAAAUGAAACAUGCUUGUACAGACAAUAGUCCAUUUUUUGGUAUCCAUAUUUUUCUAAUAUAGAUGAUCAUGGCAGUUUGGAAUUCAUGUUUUGUUAGACAUAUUUUUUUAGUUCAAUUGUUAUAUUAUGUGGUUACAGAUUUUGUUAGACAUGGUUGUGAGAAUUACUUAAGAAAAAAUAUCUCUGUUUUUUGACGGAGUCAUUACGUUGUUGAGUUCUAUUUUUAGAAAUGGAGAAUGAUAUGUUGUAAAUGUAUAUUCAUAAUAUGAGUGCUUGAAGGAACAUUCCAAGAACAUGCCAAGAACAGUCCAAGAACAUUCAUUGCAAAUAAAACCACCUUUACAUCA